CAACACGCGUGUAGAUGUAACGGAUACUUAGAUAACAGUGUUUUAAAUUCCUCAUUAGUUCUCAAAGUUUAGCAUGUUUACGCAUGGUAAAUAUAUGCAGCAAAUUGCUGAUAAAAACUUACACAUAAAUUACUAAGUAUAAUUUUGAAACUGAAAUACAUACAAAGAAUCCUUUUCAAGUGGUACAAAUCCGUUAUCAUGUUAUCACCACACCACAGCUGAUUUUCCAGUUAUCUUUGAAAUGCAAAAUGUUAGUGGAAAUCACACAACAAAACACAGUACUUGUAGUACUUGAAUGUUCAGAUAAAAUAUCGCCAGAAAAUAAUCCGCUCUUCAGGACUCGUUCAUAAAUAAGACGUCAGAUAAAAAAUUCUGCUAUUGAGUUUGAAAAUCUAACCGCCCAUGUUUCUACUAACUUUAUUACCACUCUUGCUGCUACGAGAUGCCGCAGCUGCCGGCAUUCUCUACCCUCGGCCUUCUGAAAGCCGCGAGCUUUUGUCUUUAGACGGCCUGUGGAACUUUGCCCUAACUAACAGUACCGAUCCCAUAAAAGGACACAUCGACGAGUGGUACAGUAUCAAUUUUCGCGAACUGGACGAGCUCGACAUUCAGCUUAUGCCAGUACCUGCGAGCUACAAUGACUUAGGUACUGAUCCCGAUCUAAGAGACCACGUAGGACCUGUAUGGUACCAACGUACUUUCUUUGUGCCAAAAUCGUGGAGCGGUCAGAAAGUCUGGAUUCGGUUUUCAUCAGUUUGUCGAGCAGCGGAAGUUUGGGUUAAUGGCGAAUGGGUGGUCAGUCACGACAUAGGUCACUUACCUUUUCAAGCUGAAAUAUCGUCUCUUGUAACUUAUGGUACCGAAAAUACUGUGACAGUGGCCGUUGAUAACACUCUGACAGCGACAACAGUUCCUCAAGGUUCAAUCAGCGAACUCGUAAGUGGUCGAAUCAAACAAAGCUAUACUUUCGAUUUCUUUAAUUAUGCCGGAAUUGACCGUCCGGUGGUACUCUAUACCACUCCUUCCACAUACAUUGAUGACGUAACAGUUUCGACAGACAUUGACGGUGCCAAUGGCUUCGUCAACUACUUGAUUUCAGUUGAAGGCACGGAUACAGUAACUGCCAAAGUUAGUCUUCUAGACAAAGCUGGCAAUGAGGUCGUUUCUGAUACGGUUUUAAACGGCUCCCUCUUCGUCCAAAACGCCAAUUUCUGGUGGCCUUACUUAAUGGACCCAAAUCCCGGCUACCUUUAUUCCUUGCAAGUGGAACUUCUCGAUGCUUCUGCAAAUCUGGUAGACAAAUACGUUCUACCUGUUGGUAUUCGUACCAUCUCGUGGGACUCCAAGACGGUUAAAGUUAACGACAAACCGAUCUAUUUGAGAGGUUUUGGUCGCCACGAAGACUCCGACAUUAGAGGCAAAGGUUUAGAUUUGUCUUUGAUUGUGAGGGACUACAACUUGAUCAAAUGGAUCGGGGCAAAUUCGUACCGCACGUCCCAUUAUCCAUACGCUGAAGAAAUCAUGGAUUUGGCUGACGAACUGGGGAUUAUGAUCAUAGAUGAAUGUCCUGCUGUUAACACGGAGAAUUUUUCUGACGAGUUACUAGAGAAUCAUAAGAAGUCGCUAACUGAGUUGAUUCAGAGAGAUAAAAACCGCCCGGGCGUUGUUAUGUGGUCCGCAGCCAAUGAACCUAGAACUCAGUACCAAGCAGCAGAAGACUAUUACAAGCAAGUUGUGGCUCACAUCAAAAGUUUAGAUACAAGUCGGCCCGUCACUGUUGUUAAUAACCAGGGAGCAGAUAACGAACAUUCUGGUCAGUUUAUCGAUGUAGCGUCCUGUAAUGUGUAUCAUGGUUGGUAUGACGCCACGGGAGAUAUUGAUGUUAUCGUUUCUCAAGUACUAAGUGCUGCAAAAAGAUGGAACGAACUCCACGACAUUCCAGUAAUUAUGACCGAGUAUGGAGCAGAUACUCAAGAGGGUCUACAUAUCCUGCCAUCGUUUGUCUGGUCGGAAGAAUAUCAAGACGCCCUUCUUAGUAAAUAUUUCGAAGCUUUUGAUCAAAUGAGAGAGGAAGGUUUCUUUGUUGGUGAAAUGAUUUGGAACUUUGCUGAUUUUAAAACCGCACAAACUUACACAAGAGUGGGAGGAAACAAAAAAGGUGUCUUUACCAGAAAUCGACAACCCAAGGCGAGUGCUCAUUUACUGAGAAAGCGCUACUGGGCUCUAGCUCAGUAUCUCGACAACGCUGAAGUACCGGAUGAUUUGAAUGAUUACGUUUUUGGAGGUUCGACAAUCAAAGAUGAAUUGUAAAAAGUAUCAAUUUACUGAUUAAAUUUUUUUAACUAUAA